CGACAUUCAAGCUGCGAGACAUGACGCGACGAACGGGUCCUCUGCCGAGAUGAACCCCACGAGCAACGGUGAAUGCUGGCUGCUCCCUCUCCCGUUUGCUACGUUCCCGAGGCUUUGGGCCACAGCGCCGUUCUCUUGUUUGUUUCAGAGCGUGUCACCGCAGCCGAGCAUUUUAUCUGCCUCUUCAAUUCCCGCCCUUGAAGAGAGCACCACUCCCGAUAGCGCGCUGGCAGCAGCACCGAGCUUGCCGAAUAAACGCGUUGGUCGAUUUGUGCCUUGUCUUCAAACCAGCAGUUUGGUGGUGCCGAAGCGAGACGAAGAAUUGAACCAUCAUGUCGGAUUCAAUUGACCGAGUCUUCGUCCAUGCCCUCAACACCGUCAAAAAGAUCCCCAAGACCGGGGCCGCCCGGCCGCCGCCCUCGGAUCGCAUGCGCCUCUAUGGGCUGUACAAGCAGGCCAUGGAGGGCGACGUCGACGCCGUGAUGGAACGGCCCUCGGCUGCCUCGACGGCCGGCGCAGGCAGCAGCAGCAGCAGCAGCGAAGACAUCGUGCGCGAGCAGGACAAGUGGGACGCGUGGAAUGCGCAGAAGGGGCUGAGCCGCACCGAGGCGAAGCGCCGCUACGUCGAAGCGCUGAUCGAGACCAUGCACAAGUACGCCAACACGCCCAACGCCCUCGAGCUCGUCGCCGAGCUGGAGUUCGUCUGGAACCAGGUCAAGAGCAACAGCGCCAGCUCGGUGGGGUCGUCAUCAGGGCACAGUGGCGCCGCGGCGGCAGAGCAGCAGCGGGACCGCGGCGGGAGCGGGAGCGGGAGCGGGAGCGGGGGCGGAGUCAUUGCGAGCCCGGUAGUGCGCCGCUUCCAGUCGCCGCUGAGCGGCACCGAUGGGCCCAUGAAGGUGCUCAGCCCGAUGAGCGAGGAGGACGAGUCGGAGCGGCGGCUGGCCGAGCUGGCGGACCAGGCCGAGGAGGGCCCGGGCGAGUACGCGAGGCGGAACGACAAACGCUCCAAGCGGAUGGAGCGGGCGAUCGUCAGGCUGUCGGCCGAGGUUGCAGCGCUGCGCGAGCAGAUCGCUACCGGCCGCGAGUGGCGGUCUCGCAGGCAACGGCGCGUCUCCGAGUGGAUCUGGUGGUUCUUCUGGGCGGCCACGAAGCACUUCAUGAUCGACAUCAUGAUUUUGCUUCUGCUGCUUCUCUGGAUGCGCAUUAGGAGGGAUAGGCGGUUGGAAGACCACGUGCGGGGGAUUUUGAGACUUGCGCGGGAGUACAUACGAAAUGUCUUGCCGGCUCGGUGAGGCUCUUGUGUGCGCAACGUUGGUUUGUUCCGCCAUGGGAAGACCAACGCGCAUGAGAGACCUCCACACCCCUCAGCAAUGCAUGACGCAACCUGCCUGAACGAGGGUACCUCUUAAGCUCCCAACCAUCACCGGAUACCACUCGGACACGUUCACUCGCGCCCGACUUGCAC